AUGUCCAAGUGGGCGUCGCGGUGGCCCGGCGAAUACGCCUUCAAGGAUGGCCCGUCGCGCCGCGGGCCGGACCGGCAGCACAAGUCCACCAUUAAGCCCACCGUGGCGCUCGUCGAUCACAAAGCUGAUGAUGUGGAAAAGAGGUACCGCGAGAUCCGGCUGCGCCAGAAGGAGAUCGAGCGGAAGCGGAGGCGUUCGUUCGUGAUGGAAGCUCAGGCGCCGCCGCGCCCGCCGUCGCCUGCUAAGCCGCGACUACCGCCCGGUCAUGGUCGCGAGCCGCAGCGCGUCCAGCGGAUGCGAAAGCUCUUCAAUUCUGCGAUCGAUGACGCGGUGUCCCUCUGCCUCAGACGAUGCGUCUCGCGUUUAGAAAGGAGGGAAGAGCGUCGGAUUUGGCGCGCGAAAGUAGCUGCUGGCCGGUUUCUGCCGCCGGUGCCGGCCUCGUCGCGAGCCGUCGCCGAUGCUCUCCACGACCUGUUAGACCCCGGGAAAAAGGAAGAGGCUGAAAAAGCUCGUAAGGAAAUCGAACGCCUGGCCCGGCAACGGGAAGAAAGAGCGGCGAGGCUGGUCGAGUUCGACGCCGCCAAGGAAGAUGCCGCCGACGCAUCACACAUGGUACAAAAAGCGCGGCACGCCGCGCGCGAGCUCGAGGCGGAAUAUCAUCACGCGCGCGAUCGCGCUGCCGAAAAUGAGGCGCUCCAGGAGGCGGCCCAGGCAGCAAAGAAGGCCUUGGACGAGGCGAAUCACGAGGUGACUGAAUUACUUCACCACCAACGGGAACAGGAACAUAUCAUGGCGAAGGCUGCGCAGGCUCUGGAGCGGACCGGCGUGUCCGUCUUCCAUCUCGAGCAUGACCGCGAAGAGCAGAAGAAGGUAGACGAGGGCGACGAGCAUGCGAAGGCGCACCAGCGCAAGACGCGGCUCAAGGCAAAGUUUAGGAAGGCUGGAGGCAUGGCCGGUUUGUUAAAGACGUCGACGCACGCCCUGGCCGAGGGUGGCAAGGGUCUGAUUAAAAAGAAGUCGUACCUCGCGGAGACGAUGUUCGACGCGUUGAGCGGCGACGAGCGCGCGUGGGUUGGGGCUUCGUUGCGACUGGCGGACUGUCUCGAAGAUGUCGACAUUCGGGCCUUGCCUUGCGUGAGCCCGGCCUGUGGGAGGUUUGCGGGCCCACACAUGGAGCGGUCCCGGGCGGCCUUGGCCAUGCAGAAGGCCCGGCGUGCCGCGCUGGACCGGCGCACGUAUUGGGCCCGGGUUAAAGACUCGCGGGCGACGAAGGCGAUCCAAAAAGCAUCUCGAACCAUAAAAGGAAUGCGCGACACGUACGCCCUGGGGGCUGCCUCGCAGCUCUUCAAGCUCGCCUCCGAGGAAUUGGGGCCCUCGGUCGCGGCGUUCCUCGGCGAGUUCUGCCGCCUACCCUUGCAGAAGUUUGCGGCGCUGGAGCCGUGCGGCGCGUUCGGCGAUCGGCCGCGCGCCGAGGCUAUCGCUGCGGCGCUGUCUAGCCUCUCCUUCUCGGAAGAUCUGGCGUGUCUGCUGACGCCGUUCCUCGUGGACACGAUCGUGCGCACGGCGCCGAUGCCGAAACAUAGACACCGGGAGGCGCCGCUGUCGCCCGAUGCGUCGGUGUGUUCGACGCUGUCGCCGCUGGCGCGCUUCGCGGCGGCGCCGAAGUCGCCUCCAACCUCGCCAGUUCAGAAGCGCCCGCCCUCGGCCAAGCCGCCGGCGCGGCCGCCGCCGCCCAACAAAACGCCGACGGAACGGCGCGUCUACUUUCCCGACGACCAAUCCGCGGACGCCGACUCGCUCACCGUCGACGAGAUUACCGUCGCCUCGGUCGCCGAGACGUUGAACACCGAGGACGCGUCCGACGACGAGGAGCUCGACGAGGACGCGUGCGUCGCGACGGCCCAGACGCUCGACGCGCUGGGCUACGCGGUCGCGCGGUCGCGGGCCUGCCACCCCCCGUUCCUGCGGGCGUCGAACCGGCGGCUCUUCUCCGUAGCGUUCCGCUGCCCCGACCCGGGCGUGCGGCGGAGCGCGGCGGCGUGUGCUUGUGCGUUUUUCGGCGUCUCAGUUCCUUCCUUGAUCUCGACGCCAUCGCCGCGACUCUGUUUGCUCGAUGGCGUGGAGUUCCAUUUGCGUCGCCCGGAGAGAGAAACGUAGCCGCCUCGACGCCAUCGACGCGACUCGCCAUUCGAGCAUGGCAUGGAAGUUGUGCCAUUUGCGUCGCCGCCCUCGUGCGACGUGGUCAACGCGAUGCCCAUGCGCAGGCGCCAUCAUGACGAACCUCGACCGGCUCCGGCGGGCUCCCAAUGAGUUAAACGACGCCGCGUCGGCCUCGAGCCAGGCCCUGGCCCACGAGGCCGUCGCGCACGGGUUGCCCGCGCUGAUCAAGGCGAUGACGCGGAAUGUCGACGGCGACUUCGUGGAGUCUGGUUUAGACGUGCUGAGCGCCACGUGCGUGGAUUUGGAGGCGCCGCGGUUCCACGCGGCGUACCGAGCCGGCGCGCCGCGCUACGUGCAAGCUUUAUUAUUGAGGUUGGCGUUGGACCAGUACCUCUGCGGGCCGAACACGCCGGACACGAAGCGCGACCGCAUGGCGCGCAAGGCCGGUUCUGUACUGUGCUCGCUCUACACGGACGCGAGGUGUCGGAGGAACGCGGUCGAGGAAGACGCGCACAUCGUCUGCUCGGCGGCGCUGAUGGCGUGCCAGGGCUGGAUCUUCGGGCAGCAGCUCGGUUGUAUUCUCGCGGGGACCAUGGCCGAGCAAUAUGACAUCCAGCGGUCGCUGGCGCCGCUGAUACCGGUGCUCGCGAAGUUGAUGGGCGAGGUGCAAGCCGCGCCGGAGGUGAACCUCGCCGCGAAGAUCGCCUUGCGAACGUGCACUUAUACGGAUGAGAACUGGUCCAAAGAGCGGAAGGCGCCGGCCUGGUUCCUGGCGUCCAAGCUCGACGACGCCGGGUUGGUGGGAACGAUGGAGGCGCACCUCUACCACGACCCGCGCGAGCAUAUACUACCGGACGAGCCCUGGAGCGCGCUCCCGGUAAACGAGUACGACAUGCCGCAGGACUUUUAUGGAUUGCCGCCAAUUUUGCCGCAAUCGCAUUAUGGCAACCCGACGCCGCCCGGAUGGUAUCCCGCUCCUGUGGUACCGGGACCCGCGGCCGCGCCGGCGCCGGCUGGGGCCGUGCCGGAGGGGGUGGCGAGUCCGGCGGCGCGGCCUAGGCGGUAA